UGCCCAUGCUUUGGCUACUCGGUUACAGACAAAACCCCAUAACGUGCAAUCAGCCAAUCACACACACACACAUACUCUGUUUCUCUCUCUUACACUAGAACUCUCUCUAUCUGUUUCUAUCCUUGUUGCUUGUGUGAGUUGAAAGGAGGAGAAGUGAAGAACCCACUAGGGUCUAGUUCUCAAUCUCAGGAAAGGAACUCUGUAAAAUAAUGGUAGAGACACACCACCAUCCACCACCGGCGCCACCACCUCAACUUGGAGUAGGAGGAGGUAUUGUUUUUCCUCCAACAGAGCAGCUUCGCCAGCUCAACUACUGCAUCCAUUCCAAUCCUUCAUGGCCGGCAACAGUUCUACUGGCUUUCCAACAUUAUAUCGUGAUGCUAGGGACUACUGUCAUGAUUUCCUCCCUUAUUGUUCCCCAAAUGGGUGGGAAUAAUAAAGAUAAAGCCCGUGUGAUUCAGACAUUGCUCUUUAUGGGGGGAAUCAAUACACUUCUUCAAACAUUACUUGGGACGCGGCUUCCUACAGUGAUGAGUGCAUCCUAUGCAUUCUUGAUACCAGUCAUGUCAAUUAUCAAUGAUUUCUCUGAUGAAACCUUCGCGAAUGAGCAUGAGAGAUUUGUCCAUACUGUGAGAGCUAUUCAAGGGUCUCUGAUUAUAUCUUCUUUUUUGAAUAUCAUAAUCGGGUUUAGUAGGGCAUGGGGGAAUUUUACGAGGUUCUUCAGUCCUGUUGUUAUUGUUCCAGUGGUCUGUGUUGUGGGUCUUGGUCUGUUUCAAAGGGGCUUCCCCCGGGUUGCCGACUGCAUUGAGAUUGGACUUCCCAUGCUAAUUCUAUUGGUUAUCUUGCAACAAUAUUUGAAGCAUGUUCAUGAGACCACACAUAUCCAACUUGAGAGGUUUGGCUUGCUUUUCUGCAUUGCAGUAGUCUGGGUUUUUGCCGCAAUUCUUACUGUUGCUGGAACUUACAACAAUGCCCGUCAGCAGACUAAGAUCAGUUGCCGCACUGACCGUUCAUACCUCAUAUCAUCAGCUCCUUGGAUUAGAAUUCCAUACCCUUUUCAGUGGGGUGCACCUAUCUUCCGGCCCAGUCAUGUCUUUGGCAUGAUGGGUGCAGCACUUGUUUCAUCAGCUGAGUCAACUGGAACAUUCUUCGCAGCUGCACGUUUUGCGGGAGCUACACCACCUCCAGCACAUGUGUUUAGUCGAAGCAUUGGUCUGCAGGGUAUUGGUAUGCUGCUUGAUGGAUUAUUUGGUGCUGCUGUUGGUACUUCUGCAUCCGUUGAAAAUGUUGGCCUUCUUGGAUUGACACAUGUAGGGAGCCGAAGAGUAAUUCAGACAUCAACUGCAUUCAUGUUCUUCUUCUCGAUAUUUGGGAAGUUUGGGGCCUUCUUUGCAUCAAUUCCUUUGCCAAUAUUUGCUGCUGCAUACUGUGUUCUAUUUGGACUUGUUGCUGCUGUUGGAAUCUCAUUUAUUCAGUUCACCAACAAUAACUCCAUGAGAAAUCUCUACAUCUUGGGUCUCUCUCUCUUCCUGGGAAUAUCAAUUCCUCAAUAUUUUGUUCAAUACACUGAUUCCCAUGGCCAUGGACCAGUCAAAACAGGAGGUGGAUGGUUCGACGACAUAUUGAAUUCGAUCUUCUCAUCAUCCCCAACUGUGGCAAUUAUUGUCGGGACAUUGCUUGAUAAUACACUCAAUGCCAGACAUGCAGCUGCAGAGAGAGGACUACUUUGGUGGGUGCCAUUCCAGAAAAAGAAUGGAGAGCCCAGAAAUGAAGAGUUUUACAGUCUUCCUCUUCCUCUUAGAAUACAUGAGUAUAUCCCCAGCAGAUUCCUCUAAAUAUACCUACACAUCCUUCAUCCUUGUACAUCAGUUUGCUUUAAUUAGUUGCCAUUGUAAUCUUCAAGUCUGUGUUAACAAUUAACUAUAUCUGAUGUUAAUAUUUUCAGCUAUAGGCAAAAUAAGAUUUCUCAGUCAUGGUUCA